UAAAUGAAGCACAACAGGUGAUGCCACAGACUGUUGGGAUCGUAUAGUAGUGGCCAGCCGCUGGCAGCAGGUGGUACAGUGGCUGACGUCCCGGCAUCUCGAUUGAUUGAUUUUAUGGUGACGGAGGUGAAGUCUGUGAGUUGUGAAUCGAUGCUGUGUAGUGAAGAGUUCUAAAUCAAUUGGAAAGCGAAGGCGAUAGUCAUUUUGGCGCGGAGGCGAGUUCAGCUGUACAUGAAGAAUCAUGAAAGCCACUCUGUGGCUGUGUACGCUGUUGACAACUUUGCUGUGCGUCAGUCGACAGGUAUCAGGCGGACCGUACACAGACACGAGAAUUCUACAGCCACAAGACAACAGUUUGGUCGCCCCAGCCAAAAGGACGAAAGCCUCGCUGUCGAUAGUGAACCCACUGGAUGUGCUCCGGCAGCGAAUCAUCCUCGAGAUGGCCCGGAGGCGAAUGCAGGAAAACUCAAUGCAGGUCGCCCGCAACCAAGCCAUCCUGCGCGAAAUUGGCAAGCGAAGUCGCGACGACUUCCCACAGGAUGUAAACCCGCUUCACUUUGGCGCUCCGGACCGGUUCUACUACGAAAAACUCCCGUUCCUCCGGCGGUACGACAGCAGUCACCCCCCGCGUCCGAUGAUGGUGGAAUACGAUGUGGGACCGGCAGAAGGCCGGAAAUCUGCCGGUACCAGCUCCAACAGCCGCUCGAGCAGUAGAGAUAGCAAUGAUAUCCCAGCCAGUACCACCAUCAGUGAAGCGGGAAAACAAAUUAACGAUCGUAAGGAAAUUAGCAGCAACGGCGGUAGCGGCAGCAGCAGUAGUGGCCAGAGUGGGGGCGAUGGACUAACGUUGGCCGCCGAGCAACGCCAGCUGGAACGGGAACAACAACGGGAGGCUCAGCAGGAGGCAAAUAAAAUGCUCCACUCUGCUGUGGCCAUUGUGGGACCGCAGGAGAUGAGAUUUUCCAACGAAAGGGUAAUGUUACCCAACGGGAUGGUGGGCGGCAAUCCACGUGACAGCAGAGACGACGACGGCGGCAAUGACGAGGACGACGACGCGGAUGCCGAGAGCGUUGGCGAUGAGGAUGAAUACUUUCAGGGAAGUAAUUUUCCCAGCGGUCGUCGCGAGCAAAAACUACCAAAGGAUGACGAGCGGCUAAAUAGUGACGACUAUCGGCUAAGGUAUUUGUACAGAAUUCAAGGCAAGUAUUUCGGUUAGGAGGUGGAAUGACGCCAGCAGAACAGCAGACAACACUCAAACGACACGCAAUCACAGCCUAUCAUCCACAAUGCAUUAAAACAAGCUUUCGAACAGAGUUACAAAACCAGAGCAAAAGCAAAAGCCAUGGUGAAAGAAAGACAAACGACCAAACCGACCACUCCACGGGAUGGUAAUGGGACGGGAGAGAGGAAAAGAUACGUUUAGUAAUACCUAAGAAGACCACUUCAGCAUUUGUCAUCCUGUCAGGUUAGUGAAUUAAAGGGAUUUGUGGUGGUAUUAGUGAAUGAUUGCCGGGUGAUUAUCAUUCGUCUUCGAUGAUCUACUCAGUUUGAAGCACGGGUUUCCAACCGGUGGUCCGCGGCCCCCUGGGGGGCGUGAAGAGAGUUUAGGAGGGCGGCGAUGCUACCCAAAAAAUGAUUGAAUUUUUAUUCUAUUCUGUGCAAAUUAUAUCAAUUUCUAAUUUUGUAACUUUGUUUUGCGGGUUUUUUUUUCCUAUAUCGGCAAUCAAAAGCACGUGAAAAUGAGAGAUGGGUACAAACCAGUGAUUCCCAGAGUGGGCGGGAAUCGGGUCGAAGAUGGCGCAAAUACUGCAAAAACGGUGAUUUUUUUCAGCAGUUUCAAGAAACAUGUCCAGAUGUUUUUUAUUCAUUCAUGAAGAUUACAUUCCCUAAUACAGUCAGGUCU